UGGAUUUACGUUAUUAGAUGGGGAAAAAAUAACAUUUUUAGUUGCUUGUUUCAUCGUAAUAAAUUAACCUUUUAUUUUGGCUUUUGCUCGAGACUAUCUCAUCAUAUUCAAAAUUAACCAUAUUUGAUAUAUGAUUAGUUUGUUUAUGCUCCACAUGGCUUAGGGCCUGUCUUUUUGCUAUGUCUCUAUGCAAAUAUAUAGUGAAAAAAUUGAAAUCUUUGUGAAGGAAUUUAGAAUGUCAGAAAAGGGAACUAAUACUAACGGGCUUGACUUACUCGAAAUAGAAAGAAAAAGACAGUUGCUAACGUAAAGAAAUGCCCCUUUCCAACAAUCAAUCAGGAUCGAGAUACCCGUUCCACGUCACUUGCAAGUAUCUCAUUAAUUCUUUUUUGAUUCAUGAGAGUAAUACGCAAGCGAACUUUAAUGAUGCUGCCUUUAAGGUAUUUAAUUAAAACAGAGUCGUCUGCAUUUUAAUUUAUAUCAAAUCUGAGUAUAUAUUUCACUUUCAAGCGAACGAUGGAGGGACUGAAAUUGUCCCAAAGAGAGUUAUAAGAGAGAUUCUAUUGCAGGUAGCAUGUGGGGAGAGAACUGGUCAGGAUUGAACGAUAUCCUUCAGCCAUAUCCAGAACAUCCAAAUUGGAAUGUCUCUUCCAUUUUGAGAGAGAAAGGCUUCACUCUAUCAGAUGUGUUUAGAACAGCAGAUACGAUGUACACCUCCAUGGGACUGGAGGCUCUCAACCCACAGUUUUGGUACAAAUCCAUGUUUGAAAAACCCAAAGAUGGACGAAUCGUAGACUGCCAUUCUGUUUCGUACGAUUUUGCCUUAAACGACGACUUCAGGGUCCGGAUGUGUGGAUCAGUGAAUGAAGAAACGUUGAGGCAGGCCGUGCAUGAAAUGGGUCAUAUCCGUUAUUACAUGGCAUAUCAUCAUCAGCCCAUGCUUUACAGAAAUGGUGCCAACUCUGCUUUUCAUGAAGCAGUAGGCGAAACAUUCGUUUAUGCAUCUCAAAACCCUCACUGCCUCACUACUCUAGGACUCAUUCAACACUCAAACGUAACAAAAGAGCAGCAUUUGAAUAUUUUGAUGAAGCAAGCCCUUUCGAAGUUUGUACUGCUUCCUUUUGCCCUAACUGUAGAAUUAUGGAGAUAUGCUCUUUUCUCCCAUCAAAUCGAUGAUAUCAUUAAAAAAUGGUGGGAUUACAGAAAAGCGUUUCAAGGGAUUGAACCACCAGAUGACGAAAGCGCUGAAUUGUUUGAGCCGGGAUCUAAGUACCACAUACUAAACAAUAUACCGUACAUGAGAUAUUUUGUGAGCAGAUUUCUAGAGCACGAAUUCAUGGAAGGACUGUGUGAUACUUCUGGUGCAAAAAAUGAUCCUUUUUGCUGUUUCAUUACAUCUCACGUAGCAGGAGAGCGACUCAAGAGGAUGCUUUCUCUUGGUUCUUCCGCCUCUUGGGAAGAAGCUUUGAAAGUUUUGAUAAAAAAGAAGAAAAUAACAUCGUCGUCUCUCCUGAAAUACUUCGAACCUCUUCAUAACUGGCUCAUUCAAUACAACAGAGUUAACAAUAUAAGUGUUUAUUUGUGAUUUAUUCUUUAAAUAAAUCUCUUGCA